UCAGGCUCCGCCGCCUCUUCCUGGAUGGAGCAGGUUUAGCUGCCGGCGAGGGAGGUGAGAGCAGCGCCACAGACCAGCCCGCGUUGGCAGAGCAGGCAGGCGGGACGAGCUCCGCGCCUGGCCGGGCAGAAGAAAGCCGCCCUUCUCCUCCCUCUCCCGUCUCCUUCCCGCGGCUGCAGCCGAGGCAUGGCUGGGCGAGGUCGGGGCUGGGCGCUGCUGCUGGCGCUCUGCGGCGUGCUGGGCGCUUUCUGCCUGCAGGGCUCCGCGGCGGACGAGCCCGAAGCCGCGGCGGCGGCCGGCGGCGGCGGCAGCAGCAGCGGGGCGAACAGGCGGCGGCGCUUGAGCCAGGAGGACGGCAUCUCGUUCGAGUAUCACCGCUACCCUGAGCUGCGGGAGGCGCUGGUGGCCGUGUGGCUGCAGUGCCCGUCCAUCAGCAGGAUCUACACCGUGGGCCGGAGCUCCGAGGGCCGGGAGCUGCUGGUCAUCGAGAUCUCGGACAACCCCGGCGAGCACGAGCCCGGGGAGCCAGAAUUCAAGUAUGUUGGGAACAUGCAUGGAAAUGAAGCUGUUGGAAGAGAGCUUCUUAUUUUUUUGGCUCAAUACCUGUGCAAUGAAUAUCAGAAAGGAAAUGAAACUAUUAUCAACUUGAUCCACAGUACACGCAUCCACAUCAUGCCAUCCUUGAAUCCAGAUGGCUUCGAGAAGGCAGCAUCACAGCCUGGUGAACUCAAAGACUGGUUUGUUGGCCGAAAUAAUGCACAGGGAAUAGACCUGAACCGAAAUUUCCCUGACCUAGAUCGAAUUGUCUAUGUCAAUGAGAAAGAAGGUGGCCCAAAUAAUCACUUACUGAAAAAUCUGAAGAAAGCUGUGGAUCAGAACUCCAAGCUUGCUCCAGAAACAAAAGGUGUGAUUCACUGGAUUAUGGAUAUCCCCUUUGUGCUGUCAGCUAACCUUCAUGGCGGAGAUCUUGUGGCAAACUACCCCUAUGAUGAGACUCGUACUGGCAGUGCUCAUGAAUACAGCUCCUGCCCAGAUGACGCAAUUUUCCAAAGCUUAGCUCGAAGCUAUUCGUCCUUCAAUCCAGUCAUGUCAGAUCCCAACAGGCAACUUUGUCGCAAGAAUGAUGAUGACAGCAGUUUUAUAGAUGGAACAACCAAUGGUGGGGCUUGGUACAGUGUUCCAGGAGGUAUGCAGGACUUCAAUUACCUUAGCAGCAAUUGCUUCGAAAUCACUGUGGAACUUAGCUGUGAAAAAUUCCCUCCUGAAGAAACUCUGAAGAGCUAUUGGGAGAACAAUAAGAACGCACUUAUCAAUUACAUCGAGCAGAUACAUCGGGGGAUAAAGGGAUUUGUUAGAAACCUUCAAGGCAAUCCCAUUGCUAAUGCCACCAUUUCUGUGGAAGGGAUAAACCAUGAUAUUACAUCAGCUAAGGAUGGUGAUUAUUGGAGAUUGCUUGUACCGGGAAAUUAUAAAGUGACAGUCUCAGCACCAGGUUUUCUAGCAAUAACUAAAAAAGUGGCUGUUCCCUUUAGUCCUGCCAUUAGGGUUGAUUUUGACUUGGAAUCAUUGUCUGAAAGAAAAGAAGAGGAAAAGGAAGAGUUAAUGGAGUGGUGGAAGAUGAUGUCAGAAACUCUGAAUUUUUAAGCAGGAGCUCUGAAUUUAUAGCUUUUAAUCUAUUAUGUGUUAAGUAUAAUGUACUGUGGAAAGUCCCUAUGUUUUAGAUUUUGAGUAGCUUGCAAUAUCUUCAUUUUUGAGUAUUUUUUUAAAAAACUCAAUAAUUUGUUCUAUGUAAAACAUAUUGCUAGGUACUUUUAUGCCAUCAUCCACUAUCCUACAUAUUCAGUGUGGAGGAAAGAUACCUGAUUGAAUGUUUCAACUUGCUAACUCAAACAAGUUUAUGUUUAUUUCAUUCACAAAUCCUGAAUGUGUAUAUUUUAAGCACAUUAAAAAACUAAUAAUUAGCAUUCACCUGCAGAUAUUGCUACCAAUAUUUAAGAAUGCAGGUGAGCAUCUGUCUCACAAAGUAAUGGCUCUGAAAAAGUUGGCGAUAAGAAAGUGGUGUUGUAAGUAAUGCUUUACUACCAUGUAAAUUUGUUUUAUGUCUUUGUGUAAAAUAAGGAUCACAUGUUCCUGGUUUCAUUUCCUCAUAUAGAAAUAUCUUUUAUCGAUCUUAUAUAAAAGUUAACAGGAAAUAGUGCAACGUUUUCAUUAUUCUAUCCAACAAUAUUCCCAAGCAAUUUCAUAACCAGAUUAAAAUUUCAAGAUGAUUAAAGAAGAAUCACGCUGA